AUGAACCAACCACAAACUGCCCAUCUAGAAACUGACCGGCCUGCAAGGACUUCGUCCAGUUCUUCUGAGUAUUCGAUCAUCAACGAGACCACUCAGCCGGCCCAGCGAACUAAUCCAUCGCCUCCUCCGGCCUAUUCAGAAAGAAAUAGUCCAGGCGCCCCCAAUACUCCGCCCCCACAAUACAUUGAUGAAAACACGCCUCCACAACCAGGAAGUAGUUCCCUAGUCAGCCAGCCUACUUCAACUGCAGCUAACCCGGUAACUACCACCGCUGCUGCCAACCGAAUUGCCACUGUCAAUACGGCCCCAAACUCUGCCAAUAUAACCACAAGCAGGUCCUUAGGAGCAAGCUAUCCCAGUCUCAUCCCAGAGCCAACCAAUGAUGAGCUUAUGCAAGUACUGGCUAACCAAGUUAGCAACUGGGGCCUACCCCCUACCUAUGCCGAAUCAGUUGGUACAGCCACCGGCACAGUCAGAUCCGAAAGGGAUAGUAACAUCAUCCCCGUGCACAACCGACCCAAUCGAUCGUUAUACCCAGCCCUGCAAGCAGCCGAUUUUGUGCUACCAGCCCCGCCCAGCUACGAACAGUGCUUACGAAACCCAACCAUACAAGUUCCUCAUUCUGGCGUCCUUCCGACCACUCACCCCUCCGGCCCCAAUCGCCCUCACCACUCCAAUCACCAUCAUCACCAUAAUCACCCUAAACGCCAUAUUCUUAACAACAAAUCAUGCACCUUCUUUAAAGGAUACUUUCGAACAAUAGCUUACUAUACUCCCCUCUAUCUUGGUGGUAUGUUUCUCAUGAAAGGCAUCUUUUGUCAUAUUUAUUCAGUUGUUACAGCCAAUCCUUCCAACGCCUUCCCUAAUGGUAUCAACCAAUCCCCAGUCCUGCUACUACUUGUAUGCUGCGUUGGUGCCGUUCUUCUGUGCGCCCUGCUUAGUUACUGGGUCCUCCAGUUCCUAGUGGGUAAGUUCCAGUACGCCAACCAUAUUUCCAUUCUUAAACACAAAACACACUUCCCGGCCCGAACACGUGCUAUUAUUCUUGCCACUAAUAUCUUUAUUCUUGUGACUGUCUAUCGAUGCCUUGGCACUUCCAAAGCCACCAUCUUUACCUACCUCCUUCAGAAUGAUGUUUUUGCCUACAUCCUACUCGUCAUCUACGGAUUGCUUAUUCUCUCCUCCCUCUUCAAUAUUGGCGUGAACUCUUUCACCAAGACAACCCGUGAUAGUUCCCGAGUUGCACUCGACUCCAUUCCCAACUACUCGUUUUUGUCGUCACUCGCUUAUCUCCUCAUAGCCGUGAUUUGUGUUAUUCUCUUCUAUGACCUUCUCCUCGGUGUCGUAGGCGCCCAAAACAUCAGUGUAUUUACCAAAUACUAG